AUGGGUGACUCGAUUACAGAGGGCGAGCUCAAGAAUUGGUCCAAGGGGGUUGGCGAACACGUUGCCGUGGACGACUUGGUUGCAGUGAUCGAAACGGACAAGGUGGCAGUUGAGAUUCGCGCCAAGGAGGCUGGAGUGAUCAAGGAGCACUUUGCCGAGGAAGGCUCGACCGUGUCCGUGGGUGCGCCCCUCUUCGCCUACGAGGCCGGAGCUGAGGCGCCCAAGAAGGCCGAAGUUCCCAAGGAGGAGCCGGCCAAGAAGACCGAGCAAGCGCCGAAGCCAGAGGCUGCCGCUCCUAAAGCGGAAGCUCCCAAGACCGCGGCUGCCCCUGCUGCUGCUACCGAGGGCAAGGCUGCCCCCAAGGCGGAGGCCUCGAAGGCACCUGCCCCCAAGACCGCUUCCCCCGUCGCCGGAGGUGAGCGCAAGGUCAAGGUCACCCGCAUGCGGGAGCGUAUCGCGCAGCGCCUCAAGGACGCACAAAACACCUACGCCAUGCUCACCACCUUCCAGGAGGCCGACAUGUUCAACCUCAUCAACAUGCGGGAAGAUUUCAAGGAGGAGUUCCAAAAGAAGCACGGCGUGAAGCUGGGCUUCAUGUCCGCCUUCGUCAAGGCCUCUGCCGCCGCUCUCAAGGAGAUUCCCGCUGUCAACGCAGUGUACGACGGCUCGAACAGAGAGAUCAUCUACCGGGACUAUGUCGACAUAUCUGUUGCCGUGGCCACCCCCAGGGGCCUCGUGGUGCCGGUGCUGAGGGACUGCGAUCACCUCAGCUUUGCUGACGUCGAAAAGCGGCUGAGCGAACUCUCGGUCAAGGCCCGCAAGGACGAAAUCACGCUCGAGGAAAUGGCCGGCGGCACUUUCACGAUCUCCAACGGUGGCGUUUAUGGUUCGCUGAUGGGCACGCCCAUUAUCAACCCACCGCAGUCCGCCAUUCUUGGCAUGCACGCCAUCAACAAGCGCCCCGUUGUCGUCAAUGAUCAGGUCGUCAUCAGGCCCAUCAUGUACCUGGCGCUGACAUACGACCACCGUUUGAUCGACGGCAAGGAAGCGGUGACCUUCCUGAGGCACAUCAAGCACAGCAUUGAAGACCCUCGCCGCCUCCUCCUUGAGCUGUAA